CCACCACGCGCCGCCCUCUAAUCUCUCACGCGCCGCGGUCCAAUCUCAAAUCCUCCAUCAACCUCCUCCUCUCAAUCUCCUCCAAUCAAAAGGGGUCUAAUUUAUGAAUUAGAAUUCAUCAUGGGAGGCGUAACAUCAUCGAUCGCUGCAAAAUUCGCUUUCUUUCCACCAACGCCACCGUCUUACGAGGUUAUAGCCGACGAUAGCUGCGGCGGACGUUUAUACAUACCGGAGAUUCCUCGUCGCGAUGAUGUUGAUAUCUUAAAGCUACGUACACGUUAUGGUAACGAGAUCGUAGCUGUUUAUGUGAAACAUUCAAAAGCUAAUGGAACGCUUUUGUAUUCUCAUGGUAACGCUGCUGAUUUGGGUCAAAUGUUUGAGCUUUUCGUUGAGCUUAGCAAUCGCCUUCGCGUCAAUCUUAUGGGGUAUGAUUACUCUGGUUAUGGUCAGUCUACUGGACAGGCAAGUGAGUGUAAUACAUAUGCUGAUAUAGAGGCGUCGUAUAAGUGCCUUAAGGAAAAGUAUGGUGUAAAAGAGGAUCAACUGAUAUUAUAUGGUCAAUCUGUCGGUAGUGGACCUACGGUUGAUCUAGCUUCGCGCACACCUAACUUGCGAGGCGUGGUUUUACAGUGCCCGAUUCUGUCUGGGAUGAGGGUUUUGUAUCCGGUGAAAUGUACAUAUUGGUUUGAUAUUUACAAGAAUAUUGACAAGAUCGGCUCAGUUACUUGUCCUGUAUUAGUAAUCCAUGGAACUGCGGAUGAAGUAGUUGAUUGGUCUCACGGAAAACGGCUCUGGGAACUAAGCAAAGAGAAGUAUGAACCUUUGUGGAUAAGUGGAGGUGGACACUGUGACCUUGAACUCUAUCCAGAUUUCAUCAGACAUCUGAAGAAAUUUGUUGUAUCGCUUGGCAACAAACAAGCAGAGCAAGCUGCCACAGAGCGAGAUAGCUAAUAUGUUUGAAACGGGUUACUUUCAGGAGUCUACACAGUUGGCUGGAGAAUUCAGAAGAAAGUAAUAAGCCUGAGAAAUUCAAGAUGAGAGUGUUGAUAGGUUUAGAAAUCAAAAGAUAAAAAAAGGUCUAGUCUGGUGACACAAUGGGUCAAUCUGGAAUGUACACAGUAUAUUACAUUUCGUGAAUAAAUGUAUUUUUCUGCU